GUUAGUAUAGUAUCGAACGUGGAAUCAACGACGACGAACGUCCCAAAGGAGAAUUUUGGUGAAGUAAUUCUGAGCAGGGUGUGUUGUUUUGUUACCGUUUAGAGUGCACAAUUGUGAACUGUAAAGUAACCGUUUGAAAAUUAGAUUUUAGAGUUGGUGUGGGAAACGAUAAUUAACCGAAAAAACAACGGUGCUGACAGUCCGUUCGAUAUUUCGAACACUAUUCGGCCCACUGCCACACCCCGCGGCCAUUUUGGUGGAUAACUACCGUGCACAAAGUAUCAAUCAUGGAUCAAAUAACACCCAAGGAAAUUAAGAUCCUUGAAAAUCCUGCCGACAUACAGGAGCGGAGAGAUCAGGUCCUUGGACGCUACGCUAAUUUUAAAUCCGAAGCUCGUUUGAAGCGCGACAAACUUGAGGACUCCCGUCGCUUUCAGUAUUUUAAGCGAGAUGCGGACGAACUCGAGGGAUGGAUUUACGAGAAGCUCCAGGCCGCUUCUGACGAGAGUUACAAAGACCCGACGAAUCUUCAAGCUAAGAUUCAGAAACAUCAAGCGUUCGAAGCUGAGGUAGCUGCGCAUUCCAAUGCCAUCGUAUUGCUAGACAACACAGGCUCAGAGAUGAUAGCUCAGCAUCAUUUCUCCUCUGACGUUAUUCUCAAGAGGCUUGAGGAACUGCAUCGACUUUGGGAACUGCUUCUGUCUCGUUUGGCUGACAAGGGACUGAAACUUCAACAAGCUCUCGUUCUUGUGCAGUUUCUUCGUCACUGUGAUGAGGUCAUGUUCUGGAUCCACGACAAGGAAGCUUUUGUCACUACAGACGAGUUUGGGCAUGACUUAGAGCAUGUGGAAGUUCUCCAGAGGAAAUUUGACGAGUUUCAGAAAGAUAUGGCUAGCCAAGAGUACAGAGUAACAGAGGUCAACGAGCUCGCUGAUAAGCUUCUACUGGAUGGGCAUCCUGAGCGUGACACUAUUCUUCGUAGAAAGGAAGAGCUAAAUGAGUCUUGGCAGAGGUUGAAGCAGCUCGCUAUUCUCAGGCAGGAAAAAUUAUUCGGCGCCCAUGAGAUACAGAGAUUUAACCGAGACGCCGACGAAACUAUGGCAUGGAUCGCGGAGAAGGAUGUUGUUCUGUCCUCUGAUGAUUUUGGCCGCGAUUUGGCUAGCGUUCAGACACUUCAGCGCAAGCAUGAGGGAAUCGAGCGCGAUUUAGCUGCUCUGGAGGACAAGGUGGCCACUCUCGGUGCCGAAGCGGAUCGGCUAGCUGCUAUUCACCAGGCUGAUCAUUCCCAGCAAAUCCAAUCAAAACAUGCGGAAAUAUUGCAGCUCUGGGAGAGCUUGACAGCUAAGGCAAAAGAACGAAGAUCUAAGUUGGACGAGUCCUACUACCUUCAUCGAUUCUUGACCGACUACAGGGAUCUUGUUUCAUGGAUGAACGAUAUGCGAGCCAUUAUAUCUGCUGACGAGCUUGCCAAAGACGUUGCGGGAGCAGAGGCGCUGCUAGAGCGGCACCAGGAACACAAGGGAGAAAUUGACGCACGGAAGGACAGUUUUGACUCGACUGCUCGCGCUGGUCAACAACUUCUUGAUAGGAAACAUUAUGCAGCAGAUGAGGUAGCCAGGAAGUUGGAGUCUCUUGCAGAGGAUAAGAAGUCCCUGUUAGAUCUUUGGGAAAAACGUCGCAUUCUGUAUGAGCAAUGCAUGGACUUGCAGCUAUUUUAUCGGGACACGGAGCAGGCUGAUGCCUGGAUGGCAAAGCAGGAAGCAUUCCUGGCUAACGAAGACCUUGGAGAUUCUCUGGACAGUGUCGAAGCUCUGAUCAAAAAACACGAUGACUUUAACAAGUCUCUGGCUGCUCAGGAUGAAAAAAUCAAAGUGCUGGAUGACUUUGCCCGUAAACUUAUCGAGGGCGAUCAUUACGCGGCUGAAGAUGUAUUCCAACGUCGGCAGCUGUUGCUCGAGCGGCGAGGUGCCCUUCUGGAUAAAUCUGCUCAGAGAAGACAGCGUUUGGCUGAUGCUUACACACUACAACAGUUUGAGAGAGAUUGCGACGAAACCAAGGGUUGGGUGAAUGAAAAACUCAAAUUCGCCACUGACGACAGCUACUUAGACCCAACAAAUUUGAAUGGCAAAGUACAGAAACAUCAAAAUUUCGAGCAGGAGUUGAACGCAAACAACACGCGCAUGGAGGAAAUUCUUAGCACAGGGCAAAAGUUGAUUGACGAAGAACAUUAUGCCAGUGAUCGCAUUCGCGCACGUCUUGACGAAAUCAGUGGCCUUUGGGACAGUCUUGUUCAAGCAACUGACAAAAAGGGAUCUAAAUUGCAAGAGGCUGCACAGCAGCAGCAGUUCAAUCGUACCGUUGAAGAUGUUGAGUUGUGGUUGUCUGAAGUUGAGGGCCAACUCAUGUCCGAAGAUUACGGUAAAGAUUUAACAAGUGUGCAAAAUCUUCAGAAGAAACACGCGCUGCUUGAAGCUGACGUUGGUUCCCAUGCCGAUCGUAUUGAAGGCAUUGCUCAAGCUGCGCAACAAUUUGUUAGUUCAGGACAUUUCGAUGCGGAUAAUAUUAAAACAAAGCAAGAUCAACUUGUGGGCCGAUAUGCCGCGCUGCAAAGACCGAUGAGCAUUAGGAAACAGCGACUUCUUGACUCCCUUCAAGUGCAGCAAUUGUUCCGAGACAUUGAGGAUGAGGAAGCAUGGAUCAGGGAGAAAGAGCCUGUCGCAGCAAGUACUAACCGUGGCCGAGAUCUCAUUGGUGUGCAAAAUUUACAGAAAAAACAUCAGGCCGUUCUGGCGGAAGUAAAUAAUCAUGAGCCCAGAGUAGCUGCUGUUUGCCAAUCAGGAGCAAAAAUGCGUAACGAUGGACAUUUUGCAGCAGAAGAAAUUAGCCAGAGGCUGGCAGCUCUCGACGAUCACUGGGGACAAUUAAAAGAAAAGGCUCGUCAGCGCAAAACAGAUUUAGACGACUCCCUGCAAGCGCAUCAGUACUUUGCCGAUGCAAAUGAGGCGGAAUCAUGGAUGAAAGAGAAACGUCCGAUCGUUUUGAACACCGAUUAUGGCAAAGAUGAAGAUAGCUCGGAAGCUUUGCUCAAAAAGCACGAAGCCCUUGUCAGCGAUUUGGAGGCUUUUGCCAGCACUAUCGGCGCCCUGAGAGAGCAGGCGGCUGCAUGCAGACAGCAGGAAACACCGACUAUAGACAUAGCUGGCAAAGAAUGCGUAGUCGCUCUUUACGAUUAUGCAGAAAAAUCACCAAGGGAAGUCUCUAUGAAGAAAGGCGAUACUCUUACGCUUCUCAAUUCCAAUAAUAAAGAUUGGUGGAAAGUCGAGGUGAACGAUAGGCAAGGCUUCGUCCCAGCUGCUUAUGUGAAACGGGUCGAGCCUGAGGCUGGUCUGAGUGCCUCUCAGCAAAAUCUUGCCAGAGAGCAGAGCUCAAUUGCGGCUAGGCAGGCUCAAAUUCAAGCUCAGUAUGAUGACUUAUUGUAUUUGGCUCACGAGCGUCAGAAUAAACUGAACGAAACCGCCAAAGCGUACGUACUCGUCAGAGAAGCAGCGGAAUUAGCCACUUGGAUCAAGGCAAAGGAAAAUCAUGCCCAGGUUCAAGAUGUUGGCGAAGACUUGGAGCAAGUUGAAGUAAUGCAAAAGAAAUUCGACGACUUCCAGGCAGAUCUUAAGGCAAACGAAGUCCGAUUGGCUGAGAUGAAUGAAAUCGCCGUUCAACUGAUGAGUCUUGGACAAACCGAAGCUGCUCUCAAAAUUCAAACCCAAAUACAAGAUUUGAACGAAAAGUGGACCAGUCUUCAAACCCUGACUGCGGAGAGAGCCAGUCAGUUGGGCUCUGCUCACGAAGUUCAACGAUUCCACCGUGAUGUUGACGAAACGAAAGAUUGGAUUCGCGAGAAGGAUGCUGCAUUGAACAACGAUGACCUUGGAAAGGAUCUUCGCAGCGUUCAAGCUCUCCAACGAAAACACGAGGGUCUUGAACGUGACCUGGCUGCUCUUGGUGAUAAAAUAAGGCAGCUUGAUGAAAUAGCCAAUCGAUUGAUGCAGUCGCAUCCUGAUACCGCAGAACAAACCUAUGCCAAACAGAAAGAAAUCAACGAGGAAUGGACACAGCUGACGGCCAAAGCUAAUAGUAGAAAGGAAAAACUAUUGGACUCUUAUGAUUUGCAGAGAUUCCUAAGCGACUACCGAGAUUUGAUGGCUUGGAUAAACUCGAUGAUGGGACUGGUGGCAUCUGAGGAACUCGCUGGUGACGUGACUGGGGCCGAAGCACUGCUGGAACGUCAUCAGAGCCACAGGGCAGAGAUAGAUGCGCGUUACGGCAUCCUUCCAGAGGAACAUCGCACUGAAAUCGAUGCUCGUGCUGGUACCUUCCAAGCUUUUGAACUUUUUGGACAGCAGCUGCUGCAGUCGAGUCACUAUGCCAGUGUCGAAAUUCAGGAAAAACUAGAAGCAAUGGCGGAGGCUCGUCAAGAACUUGAGAAAGCAUGGAUCCAGCGCCGCAUGCAGCUUGAUCAGAAUUUGGAACUCCAACUUUUCUGCCGAGAUUGCGAGCAGGCUGAAAAUUGGAUGAGCGCUAGGGAGGCCUUCUUAGGUAGUGCGGAUGCUGUAGACAGUGGUGAUAACGUCGAAGCUCUGAUUAAAAAACACGAAGACUUUGACAAGGCUAUCAAUGCUCACGAAGAAAAAAUCGCGGCCUUGCAAACGCUUGCCGAUCAAUUAAUAGCUGCGGAACAUUACGCCGCCAAGCCAAUUGACGAAAGACGUCGCCAGGUUUUGGAUCGUUGGAAGCAUUUGAAAGAUGCGCUUAUUGAAAAAAGAUCUAAAUUGGGUGAAUCUCAGACAUUGCAACAAUUCUCCAGGGAUGCCGACGAGAUGGAAAAUUGGAUCGCUGAAAAGCUUCAACUCGCUACUGAAGAGAAUUACAAAGAUCCUGCUAAUAUUCAAUCCAAACAUCAAAAGCACCAAGCGUUUGAAGCUGAGCUUGCUGCCAAUGCCGACAGAAUUCAGUCCGUCUUGGCUAUGGGCACUAACCUGAUAGACAAACAUCAGUGCGCAGGUUCAGAAGAUGCUGUACAGGCUAGACUUGCUUCUAUUGCAGAUCAGUGGGAGUACUUGACCCAAAAGACGACUGAGAAGUCUUUGAAACUAAAAGAGGCUAACAAACAGAGGACGUACAUUGCUGCGGUGAAAGAUCUAGACUUCUGGCUUGGAGAAGUUGAGAGUUUACUGACUUCCGAAGAUGCUGGCAAAGAUCUAGCAUCUGUGCAAAAUCUUAUGAAGAAACAUCAGUUGGUAGAAGCAGAUAUUCAAGCUCACGAAGAGAGAAUAAAGGACAUGAAUGGUCAGGCCGAUUCCUUGAUUGAGAGUGGACAGUUUGACGCUGCUGGUAUUCAGGAGAAACGUCAGAGCAUAAAUGAACGCUACGAGCGUAUAAGAAAUCUGGCCGCACACCGGCAAGCCAGACUCAAUGAGGCUAACACUCUCCAUCAGUUCUUCCGCGACAUUGCCGACGAAGAAUCGUGGAUCAAAGAAAAGAAAUUACUCGUUGGUUCGGAUGAUUAUGGUCGUGACUUAACGGGUGUGCAAAAUUUAAAGAAGAAGCACAAGCGUCUAGAAGCAGAACUUGGCAGCCAUGAACCAGCUAUUCAGGCUGUUCAGGAAGCUGGAGAAAAACUGAUGGACGUAUCAAACUUGGGAGUUCCGGAAAUAGAGCAGCGUCUGAAACUUCUCAAUCAAGCUUGGGCAGAGCUGAAGCAAUUGGCUGCGACCAGGGGUCAAAAGCUCGACGAGUCACUCACCUAUCAACAAUUCCUGGCCAAGGUUGAGGAAGAGGAGGCUUGGAUCACGGAGAAACAACAGCUCCUCUCUGUGGAAGAUUAUGGCGACACAAUGGCUGCUGUUCAGGGAUUGCUGAAGAAGCACGACGCAUUCGAAACCGAUUUUGCAGCACACGGAGAACGCUGCAAAGAUAUUUGUGACGCCGGAGCAGCACUGGUCGAAGCUGGUAAUCACCGAGCCGAUUCCAUCAGCCAGAGGUGUUCUCAGCUCCGUAACAAAUUGGAUCAGCUGUCCGCCCUGGCAGCCAGACGAAAGGCGCGAUUGAAUGACAAUUCUGCAUACCUGCAAUUCAUGUGGAAGGCGGAUGUUGUGGAAUCGUGGAUCGCUGACAAGGAAACGCACGUGCGUUCCGAGGAAUUUGGCAGAGAUUUAUCAACUGUACAAACUUUACUGACCAAACAGGAAACCUUUGAUGCAGGUCUACACGCUUUCGAACAUGAGGGAAUCCAAAACAUCGCUACCCUCAAGGAUAGGCUUGUGGAUUCAGCCCAUGAACAAACACCCAGCAUUCAAAAACGUCAUGCCGAUGUCAUCGCCAGGUGGCAAAAACUUCUUGCCGAUUCAGACGCCAGGAAACAACGGCUUCUGCGCAUGCAGGACCAAUUCCGUCAGAUAGAAGAGCUCUAUCUUACUUUUGCCAAGAAGGCGUCAGCCUUCAAUUCCUGGUUCGAAAAUGCUGAGGAGGAUCUCACUGAUCCUGUACGUUGUAACAGCAUUGAAGAGAUUCGUGCCCUUCGCGAGGCUCAUGCCCAAUUUCAAGCUAGCCUUUCGUCUGCUGAAGCUGACUUCCAGGCUUUGGCUGCACUUGACAGGCAGAUAAAGAGUUUCAAUGUCGGUCCAAAUCCCUACACCUGGUUUACAAUGGAAGCCCUUGAAGACACCUGGCGCAACUUACAGAAAAUAAUCAAAGAGCGCGAUGUUGAAUUGGCCAAAGAAGCCCAACGUCAGGAAGAAAAUGACAAGCUCAGAAAAGAGUUUGCAAAGCAUGCCAACGCUUUCCAUCAGUGGUUAGCUGAGACUAGAACAUCGAUGAUGGAGGGCUCAGGAUCACUGGAGCAACAGCUGGAAGCAACCAAGCGCAAGGCUCAAGAAGUGAGGGCUCGAAGACAAGACCUAAAAAAGAUAGAAGACCUCGGUGCAAUAUUAGAGGAACAUCUGAUUCUUGAUAACCGAUAUACAGAACACAGUACUGUAGGCCUUGCACAACAAUGGGAUCAGUUGGAUCAAUUGGGAAUGCGUAUGCAACACAAUUUGGAGCAACAAAUUCAAGCCCGCAAUCAAUCGGGAGUAUCUGAGGAUGCUCUUAAGGAAUUCUCAAUGAUGUUCAAGCACUUUGAUAAAGAUAAAAGCGGACGGCUCAACCAGCAAGAGUUUAAGUCCUGUCUCAGAGCUCUCGGUUAUGAUUUACCUAUGGUCGAAGAAGGUCAACCAGAUCCUGAAUUCGAAAACAUUCUCGAUAUCGUCGACCCAAACAGGGAUGGUUACGUUUCCUUGCAGGAAUACAUGGCGUUCAUGAUCAGCAAGGAAACAGAAAACGUUCAAAGCUCAGAAGAAAUAGAGAAUGCUUUCAGAGCUAUCACCGCAGCUGAUCGGCCAUACGUUACAAAAGAGGAACUUUAUGCAAACCUCACAAAGGAAAUGGCAGAUUACUGUGUCGCCCGUAUGAAAUCUUACGUCGAUCCAAAGACGGAGCGACCAAUUACGGGAGCUCUCGAUUAUAUCGAAUUCACGCGGACUCUUUUCCAGAAUUAAUUAUAUACGGAUGAUGAUGCUUUUUUAGACAGCUAAGUAGUCAUAAUGUUUAGCUCGCGGUUAUCCACAUGCUUCUGCGUCAUAAUCAUUCUGAAUAUACGCUAUAUACUACAUAGAAACUGUUAUUUGGAAAACUGAGUAUUCUUGCUAUCUGUAUUUGUAACACGUCUAUUCCAUUUAUCCAGCAAUUCAACGUGACCAAGAGAUGCGCUAUUUUUAAUGUUGGCAAAAAUUUAACAAUGUUUGGUUAUUAUUUUCAAUUAUAUAAAGAUGAGUCUUAUCAUAAUCUAACUAGCAGCUUCUCAGUUGUUCAGAAAUAUUAACGUGUAGAGGCGUGAGAUUUUUUUUAAGGCAGUAGCCUAAUAUUUAUUUAAUGGCAUUUUAAUCUGGUUAAUAAAAUAUGGUCAGCUCA